CAAUCAAGUCUCACCUAGGAUUCUUCUUCACCAGUACCUCGUAUCACAUGCGAUCUUUCGUUUAGAACCGAGUCCUCAUGAAAAUCUCUCUGUCAACAUCAACAGCAGCACUCAUCCGAUCUGCGACCCGUCCCACCCUUCGCACGAACGCCGAUAUCUGUCCUACGUUCACUUCCCUCUGCGACCGAUUGUCUGUCACGAACAACCACUCCCAGUAUCGGAGUCCUACUCGCAGCCUCUCUUCGUCUGCCAGAAUGUCCGUCAAAUACGCUCCCGCCAAACGCGUUGCAGGUCAAAAGCAGGAUGUAUGGAGUAUAGUUAACGAGGCUGCGGCCGCAAGUCCGGUCCAGCCCAUUGUUAACAUGGGCCAAGGGUUUUUGUGAGUACGCACGAAUAACCCAACCUCACAAGGAGUGCAUGACUUUUCGAGGGAUGGGCUGAUGCGGUUGUGCGUGCUAGCGGCUACAAUCCUCCACAAUUCAUCAUCGACGCGGCGAAAAGCGCUUUGGAUAGAGUCGAGUGUAACCAGUACUCCCCGACGAAGGGGCGGCCGAGGCUGAAGAAGGCCAUUGCAGAGGCAUACAGUCCAUUCUUCGGAAGAACCUUGGAUCCGGAGACAGAAGUUACGAUUACGACGGGGGCUAAUGAGGGCAUGCUGAGCGCUUUCAUGGGCUUCAUCGAACCAGGCGACGAAGUCAUCAUUUUUGAACCUUUUUUCGAUCAGUACCUGAGUAAUAUCGAGAUGCCCGGCGGUACGAUCCGGUACGUGCCCAUGCACCCACCCGAAGACGGCGCCGAGAGGACGUCCAGCGCUGCGAAUUGGCGGAUUGACAUGGAUGAGCUGGAGCGGGCAUUCAACGACAAGACCAAAAUGAUCGUGCUGAACUCCCCUCAUAAUCCGGUGGGCAAGGUGUUGAGCCGUGACGAGCUGACAAAAAUCGGCGAGUUGUGCUUGAAACACAAGGUGAUCAUCCUCUCGGACGAGGUGUACGACAGGCUGUAUUACGUUCCCUUCACGAGGAUCGCCACGCUGUCCCCAGAACUCGCCAAGAUCACAUUAACGGUCGGGUCGGCAGGAAAGAAUUUCUACGCCACCGGCUGGCGCGUGGGUUAUCUGAUCGGACCGCCGGAAUUGAUCAAGUACGUCGCCGCGGCACAUACGCGGAUAUGCUAUUCGAGCGUGUCUCCACUACAGGAGGCUGCGGCGAUUGGAUUCGAGCAGGCGGACAAAGUCGGGUUCUGGGACCAGGCGGUCACGGAGAUGAAGGGGAAGAUGGACAUGUUCUGUGAGGUUUUUGACGAGUUGGGCAUUCCGUACUCAGUGCCCGAGGGCGGGUACUUUGUUCUGGCGAAUCUCAGCAAGGUAAGGCUACCUGAAGGGUACGAGUUUCCGGACCACGUCAAGGACCGGCCCAGGGACUUUAAGAUGUCGUGGUUUUUGAUUAUGGAGCUGGGCGUGGCAGCAAUACCACCGAGUGAGUUUUACACCGAUGAACGAGCGCACUUGGCAGAGGAUUGGAUGAGGUUUGCGGUGUGUAAGAAUGAUGAUGUCCUGGAGAAGGCGAAGGAGCGGUUGAGAGGAUUGAAGAAGUAUAUGAAUUGAGACGAUGACAACUGGUGGUACUGUCGUCGCUGUCACUGAAGGCUAGAUCAGUACCCACGAGAAAAGGGGCAUGAAAACGGGAAGAACCAGGGGCUAGUGUGUGUUAUCACGACCCAAGAUGGCAUAGAAGUGUACAGACGAACAACUAGAGCCUCGCAAAUGCCGCACCCUUCCUCGGUAUUAGAGAUGGAUACCUACCUUAUAUUAUGGGGUUGAAAACCACGGAUGUUACCACUG